AACAACACUGUCAUUACUUCACACAAUCCACAACCAUCUCACACGCUCUUGAGCAAGUUCCUGGACCGAAUAUUUUGAAAUCGAAUCAGUAUACCUGGCGAAUCGAAAUAACUCUACUCUAACGGACGAUAUCAAUAACUAUGGCUUCGGCCAGUCUUGAUUUCAUCGCUGCAGGAGGCAAUAGACAUCCAUGUGCAGCAGAUUGGAACGAGGUCUUACUCGCAUACGGAAGUGGUCAUAACAUCGCUCUGUGGAAGCCGGAGAACAACAAUCACAAAGGUGUGGAAACACUACUUGCGGGCCACACGGAUAUCGUCAACGCAGUCAAAUUAUUCAGAGAUCCAUCAUCAGGCAAAAGAGUCCUCAUCAGUGGCUCGGCUGACAAGACCGUAUGCGUCUGGAUUGAAAAGUCCGACGCCACUUUUGUGCCUGUCAAACAUUUGACUGAACAUACUGCUUCGAUCAACGUUAUUGGUGUUCUGCCCGAGUCUGGUGUCUUCGCUACUGGAGCUGCCGAUGCAACGCUGAAAAUCUGGAAGUUGGUUGUCUCAGAGAGCGCAGAGUCUGAAGUAAGUCUCAUUCAGAGCAUAACACUUGCUCCUCGAUACUUCCCUCUGGCGAUCGCAUUGGCAAAGCUUCAAAGUGCCCAAUUGGUUAUUGCCGUUGGAGGCACAACCGCAAAUAUUCAAGUUUAUCUCCAGGAGGACAAUGAUUUUUCACUCGUAGCCAAGCUUACUGGACAUGAAGCUUGGGUACGCGCCUUGGACUUUACCCGCGAGAGCUCCAAGCCUGACAGCGAUUUCCUCCUUGCAUCUGCCAGUCAAGACAAGUACAUUCGUCUAUGGCGUUUCCAUGCAGGUGACCAGCUACCUGAAGUUGCAGCAGCGGCCAGUGAUCCCGCGAUGACCGUGUUCGGCCGCUCUCUAUCAAACAAAGCCCACUGGAUUGGAGAUGGAGACUCAAAACACUCAAUCACGUUUGAGGCACUUCUGAUCGGACAUGAAGAUUGGAUUUACACAGCCCGCUGGUUCACAAAGACCGGACAGGAUGCAGCACCACAACUGCUCACAGCAUCAGCGGAUAACUCCCUGGCCAUGUGGGAGCGCGAUGCAGAUGGUUUCUGGACUUGCGCGACUAGACUUGGAGAGAUCAGUGCGCAGAAGGGCUCAACUACUGCUACAGGAAGUACAGGUGGCUUCUGGAUUGGUCUUUGGUCACCAUCUGGCAGUAAAGUCGUCAGUCUGGGGAGAACGGGAAGUUGGAGAGCUUGGUCCUACGAUACCACUGAGGAUCGCUGGUUGCGAGAGCUAGGCAUCUCUGGCCAUGUCCGCGCAGUCAAGGAUAUCGCAUGGUCAAACGACGGCACUCAGCUCAUGUCCACCAGUUCAGAUCAAACCACAAGACUCUACAGCCAAUGGAAGAGAGACGACGCAACCACAUGGCACGAGAUGGCCAGACCACAAAUCCACGGCUAUGAUUUAAACUGCCUAUCUGCAAUCGGCGCCACCCAAUUCAUCUCGGGAGCCGACGAAAAACUGCUCCGCGUCUUCAACAAGCCUAAAGCUGUCGCCCAACUCCUCGCAAAACUAGGCGGUACAGCUCAAGACGCAGAAGACGCCGACCUCCCCGACGCAGCGAACAUUCCCGUCCUCGGCCUUAGCAACAAAGCCAUCAAUGCCCUCACUCCCGAGGAAGAAGCAGCGGCUGAACCAUCCGAGGAAACCACAAUCACAAAGUCUACCCUCGAUCUCGACCACCCGCCCUUUGAAGAUCACCUCGCUCGUCAUACUCUCUUCCCCGAACUCGAAAAAUUAUACGGACACGGUUAUGAGAUUUCUUGCGUAGCUGCGAGUCAUGACGGCAGUUUGGUAGCAACUGCAUGUCGUGCCAGCUCUAUCGAUCACGCGGUCAUCAGACUCUACGAAACUAAAGAGUGGAGAGAAGCCAAACCUGCACUGACCGCUCACUCUCUCACUGUAACAUGCCUUGCUUUUUCAGCAGACGACAAGUACCUUCUCAGUGUAGGCAGAGACCGUCAAUGGGCUUUGUUCUCUCGCAACGCCCACAACGCCUACGCCCUUGCCCUCGCAAACCCCAAGGGCCACAGUAGAAUGAUUCUAUCCUGCUCAUGGGCCCCUGCCCACGCAUCCAACAUCUUCGCAACAGGAGGUAGAGACAAAAAUGUCAAGGUCUGGGCUCUCAAUGGAGACGGAACCGUGGACUUGAAACUCAGCAUUCCCACCUCCGCACCUGCAACCUCUGUCGCUUUCUACACUGGCAAUCUAGCUGCUUCAAACACUCUUGUUCUUGCUGCAGGAACAGAGGAGGGAAAUGUCACAGUCACUGCUAUUGAUAUGGGCGAUUGGAGUAUUAAGGAGGGCUAUCAGAUUGAACAGGGCAUGAGACCUUCUGGUGCUGUUACAGCGUUGAGAUGGCGUCCCGAGACUGCUCGCGAGGUUGAGAAGGCACAAUUGGCGAUUUCGAGCGAGGACUUUUCUGUCAGGUUGUUCACUUUUGAGAAGUUGGUGGGAGCUUGAGUGUUAUGUAUACUCGAUUAUAAAGAUCUGUUAGAGCGCUGAACGCUUCGCAUAUGCUGUGAAAAUCCACACAAAUAGCCAACAUUUAGACGACGACUGAACAGAAGAAAAAGCUGACGUUCGCACGAUGAUCAGCUCAUGAUCAGGGAGAUAGUGUUCAUGAAGAUUUUAGCUGCGACAGGUAUUAAAC